GUAGACCCUUACCAAUGCAAUCCUGACGUGCUUCACUUACCCGUCUAUUUCUUUAAUUCCCGACUAAAACCCUUUUCUUUUCAUUACGUGAGAAGAGGGGAGCUCGGAAAAGAAAAAGAAAAGAAAAAAAAGAAAGAAAAAUGGAGGUAGAAUAAGGCUCUGUGAUGUGAGGGGAAAUUACGUCGGACAUAAGCUGAUUUCUCUCAUCGUCUGCUUGAGCUGAGUUUGUUUGAGUGGCCUGCGAGGACUCUUGAGCUCCGCCGGUUAACCUCUUUGCUACCCCUGACCAUUUUCUUGCCUUUUGUCUCCAUUUUCCUAAUGCUAUCCUAAUUUCUGAAAUCCUGAAGACCUCUUGGAGGAAAUCUCUGCUUCAUUUCUCCGGCAGCUUUGAGCAGCUCGGGGUUUAUGAUUUUUGCAGUUCCUAGCUCCCGUCGCCGGUUGUAAGCUUUGCUGUGAAGCAGAAGAGCUGCAACCUUCAGUCCAAAAGAAUUCGCUGAAAGAGAGAGCUGCAGAUUCGUAGCCGUUUCUGCUUCGGCGCACUUGUUCAGUGUGGAAUGAUGGAGGUGAGCCCGUCUCCGGAGCAAGGAGUGAUGGCGGGAAGGGAGCCGUUCGGGCUGCCGAAGACCCCGGCGACGCCGCCGUCCUCGGGGGUCACGCAGAGCCUGCGCAUGGCGUACACGACGGACGGCACCGCCAUCUUCACCCCGGUGAGCUCCGCACCGCCCGCAACGGCAACGUACCACCAGCCCGUGGCUGCUUCAAGCUUGGCUGGCGUAGGAGGCAAUGGUGGCGCGCCGGUGCACUCGGGCGGCGCGGGUGAGCCGGUGGCCAAGAAGAAGCGUGGUCGGCCAAGAAAGUACGGCCCCGACGGCUCCAUGUCGCUGGCAUUGGUGCCCGUGCCCGCAUCCAUCGCUGCAGCACCGGCGCCGGCGCCGGCGGCUCCUGGAGCUUCCGGUCCUUUCUCACCUAGCGGCCCGAAGGCGCUCAACACUGCGCCGUCAGCGUCGCCGGACGGCGCGAAGAAGCGGGGCCGGCCGAAGGGUUCCACCAACAAGAAGCACGUGCCUGCUCUUGGGCCAACAGGGGCAGGUUUUACACCUCAUCUUAUUUUUGUAAAAGCCGGAGAGGACGUAUCGGCAAAGAUCAUGUCCUUCUCUCAGCACGGGACACGCGCGGUUUGCAUCCUUUCAGCAAAUGGCGCCAUAUCAAAUGUGACCCUUCGGCAAUCUGCUACUUCAGGUGGAACGGUGACAUACGAGGGUCGUUUCGAGAUACUGUCUCUGUCCGGGUCGUUUCUUCUGUCAGAGAAUGGCGGCCAUCGCAGUCGAACUGGUGGGCUCAGCGUUUCGCUAGCAGGCCCAGAUGGCCGUGUCCUGGGCGGUAGUGUUGCCGGACUUCUGACAGCUGCUUCACCGGUACAGAUCGUAGUGGGGAGCUUCGACGCCGAUGGAAAGAAGGAGCCGAAGCGGAAGAAGCUUGCUCCGUCACCGUCAGACCCAUCGCCGGCGCCACUAAAGCUCGCGCCGGCGACGACGGGCGUGGCGGCAGGGCCGAGCAGCCCGCCGUCGAGAGGGACACUGAGCCUGAGCGAGUCAUCCAGCGGCGCCCCGAGCCCGCCGCACGCAGGGGCCAGCGGCGGCGGCGGCGGCCAUGGGCAGCAGCAGCAGCCAGGGGUCUUCUCCGGCCUGUCCUGGAAAUGACCAGAUCCCGGAUACCGUCUGAAUCUGACCGUGGUAGAACUGGCAGAAAGAAGAGUGUUUCAGCGGCUGAAGGAUGAACGAAAGCUCACUCAGGGAGGGAGAAGCAGCAGCAGUACAGUAGCUUGUAGGUGGUGUCAAGACUCUGUAGCUCUUGCUGUACUGUACUAGGUGUUAAUCGUGCAUUGUUAGGUGGUUGCUUACUGUCGUCUGGAAUGGAAUGGAAUGGAUGCCGUGUACUGAAUCUAUGACCCUAUGCAGCACGUUGGAAGUUCUUUGGUUUCUACUGAGUACUGUGUGGCGCACACGCGAUUUUCUCCGCCUUGUUGAAGGAUGAAGCAAAUAAUAUGUAUCACCUAUUUUUCA